GGGAGGGGGGGUGGUCCGGUCCGGUCCUCCGCUCGGCUCCCCGCCUCUUUGUCAGCCGGUUCACACACACACGGAGUGAACACGAGUGAACCUGGGAACGAAACGUCAACGAACCGGCCAUUCGUUUGAUACAAUUCUGAGUUUAUUAUCUUUAUCUUUUUCUUUUUUUUGUUGCGCUCGUCAGAUUUAGUAUUUCCUGCGGGAUUCCUCGCUCCUUUUGUUCGGAGGAAGAAGCGACCGAUGCUGCGGUGAAGUCACCGGCGGAGGAGUCACCGGAUCCGGUCGGUGAUCGUCGGUGUGAUCUGCCCCGUGACACCGACGCGACCGGACGGACGCGGCUCCGAUGUGGAUCAGUUAACCGUUUUUUGCAUUGUGGAUUUUUUCGUUUCUUCAAUUUAUCAUUUCAUUUAUUUAUUUAUUUAUCUGUCAUCAUUGGCUCAGUCAGUGUGUGUGUGUGUGUGUUUUUUUUCGCCCAGUUUCUUUUGUGUGUGGAUUUGGUCUGUGGUGGACUUGUCCCGGUCGGUCGGUCGGUCGGUUGGUCGGGUCGGUCGGUCGGUCGGUUGGGCCCCGGUGAGAAGGAGCGACCAUGCCCGAGUGCGUGUCGGUGUCAGAGUUCGUGCAGGAGGUGCAGGAGGACUGGAGCUCGCCCACCACCUCCUCCUUCACCGCCAAGAUGAUCAACUGCAGGAACACCGUCUACCUGCUGGAGGAGGCUCUGGACAGUGAUCGUCUGGUGUUGCAGAAGAUGAAGAAAGCUGCUAAAGCCAAAUACACGUCAGGACAAGACCACGUGUGUCACUUGGAGCAGUACAUCCAUUCGAUGGAGAAGCUGUCGCUCAACUGUCACUCAAACGGAGAGACGGAGGUCGGCUCCGCCUUCUGUCGCCUGGCCGACUUCUCCAAAGAGCUCGUGUCUCCGAUGAAGAACCUGCUGAAGAGCAUGCUCCACAACAUCAACUUCUUCCUGGACUCGGUGGUUAAAGGAGACCUGAGGGAGGUGAAGGGGGACCUGAAGAAGCCGUUCGACAGAUCGUGGAGGGACUACGAGAGCAGAUUUAAGCAGAUAGAGAAGGAGAAGAGGGAGUUGGCUCGUCAGUACGGGAUGGUGAGGACCGAGGUGAGCGGAGGUGAGAUCGCCGAGGAGCUGGAGAAGGAGAGACGCUCCUUCCAACUGAGCAUGUGCGAGUAUCUGAUCAAGGUCAACGAGAUAAAGACGAAGAGAGGAGUGGACCUGCUGCAGAACCUCAUCAAACACUACCACAGCCACAACAAUUUCCUGCAGGAGUGUGUUUCUACCACUCAGAGGUUGAAGCAGUACAUGGAGGAGCUGAACGGAGUCCUGACCACGGUGAAGCAGCGUAAUGAAGACGAGAAGAGACAACUGUGUUCUCUCAGAGAUCAGCUGAGGCCGGCCGUCCCCACAGAGCAGCAGGACUCUCUACCGAAGCAGGUGUACAGUAUGCAUCAGCUGCUCGGAGACAAACAGUACGGAACAGAGAGAUCGGGAUUCCUCUACAAGAAGAGUGAUGGGUUGAGGAAAAUGUGGCAGAAAAGGAAGUGUUCCGUUCACAACUGUUACCUGACCAUCGCACAUGCUACUCCUAACAAACCUCCCACCAGACUCAACCUGCUCACCUGUCAGGUUAAACCCAGUGUGGAGGACAAGAAGUGCUUCGACCUCAUCUCUCACAAUCGGACCUACCACUUCCUGGCGGAAGAUGAAGCUGAGUGUGUGGCAUGGAUCUCGGUGCUCAGCAACAGUAAGCAGGAGGCGCUGAGCGUGGCUCUGGACGGGGGGAGGCGAGGGGCCGGCGGGGGGGAGAGCAGCGUGGAGGACCUGACCCGCACCAUCACCGACGACAUCAGACGGAUGCCGGGAAACACGAACUGCUGCGACUGUGGAGCUCCAGAUCCCGGAUGGCUCUCGACCAACCUGGGUAUCUUGACCUGUAUCGAGUGCUCGGGGAUCCACAGGGAGAUGGGCGUCCACGUCUCCAGGAUCCACUCUUUAAACCUGGACAGUCUGGGGACCUCGGACCUGCUGUUGGCCAGGAACGUUGGUAACUCUGGCUUCAAUGAAAUACUGGAGGCGAACCUGCUGAGUCCGUCUCUGAAGCCGUCCCAACACAGCCACAUGGCCGAGCGUAAAGACUUCAUCCUGCUGAAGUAUCAGGACGUCCAUUUUGUGAGGCGGAGUCACAGCUCCAACGCCGCGCUGCGACUCGGCCUGCAGGAGGCGACCAAGAGCUGCGACAUCUACAGCCUGAUCCAGCUGCACGCCCAGAGGACGGAGCUGAGCCAGCCCCUGCACACACACAUACAGGAAAAAGGGGAGACUGCGAUCCAUCUUGCCGUCCUAUUGGCCGACAGGACGUCACUGCACAUCCUGGACUUCCUGGCUCAAAACUGCUCCAACGUUGACAUGCAGACGACAGCGGGGAACACGGCGCUGCACUACAGCUGCCUGCACAACAAGAGUGACUGUGUGAAACUGCUGCUGAGAGCCAGAGCCAACACACACAUCAAGAACGAGUUGGGAGAGACUGCUCUGGACGUGAGCCGCAAGUUGAAGCACAGCCACUGUGAGGCGCUGCUGCAGCAGGCCCAGUCCAACCAGUUCGACCAUCACGUCCAUGUGGAGUACGAGUGGAGGCUUCGUCACGACGAUCUCUACGACAGCGACGAUGACUUUGACGACAAGAACGGCCCGGUGAAGAAGGAGCGCACCUCGUCCUCUUCCUCGUCCUUCACCUCGUCCUUCUCCUUCACCUCCCGUCCCUUCAGCUUCAGCCAGUCCGUGGCCCCGCCCUCCUCCGCAGCGCCGGGGGCGCCGGGCGGAGGUCUGCUCAGCGUGGGCAGGAGACUCGCCAUGGCCAUGGAUCUCCACAGCCGCACCUCCGGCACUGCGCCCAGCCCCCCUCCGCCUCCCCCGUCCUCUCCUGCCCCGCCGCUGCCCCCCAGGGUCAAAGCUCCCAGUGUUCCUCCCCCUCCCCCUCCUGCCGGGGGCGAGGGCGUGGGCGGCGGGGAGGAGGAGGAAGAGGGGGAGGUCUUCUUCGCCCCGCCGACAGGAAGCAGAAAGUCGACCACUGCCCCGCCCAUCGCCGUCCGACACAAGAGGAGCUGCUCCGAGUCCAACACCAACGAUUAUGGGUUGCCAACCAGUCCCAGGAUCUACGGCGGUCCAGACUCCUCUUUUAAGAAGUGUGUUCCGUCUUCUCCUCUCAGCUCGCUGACUGAACGACCUCACAGAGGUUUCCGGAGGGCGGACAGCGACGGCAGCUCCUCCCACUUCCUGCACCCUGCCGGCAAAGCUCCGCCCAACGGGUCUCCCACCAAUCAUCGCUCCCAGAGCUUUGAGAGUGACGGCAGAGGCCCCGCCCCCCAGCCCCUUCCUCGCAGAUCAGUGCCUCGAGGAGCGGCGAGUCGGCGGGUCCAGGCGCUGUACGACUGCCAGGCCGACCACCACGACGAGCUGAGCUUCACUGAGGGACAGGUGCUGGUGGUCCUGGGGCAGGACGACUGCGAUUGGUGGCAUGGUUACAUAGAGGACGAACCGGACCAGAGAGGAUUGUUUCCGUCUUCCUUCGUCCAGCUGUUCUCAGACUGACGUGAACCUGGACCAGCACUGGACCCGACCAGACCCUGGACCAGCACUGGACCCGACCAGACCCGACCAGACCCUGGACCAGCACUGGACCCGACCAGACCCGACCAGACCCUGGACCAGCACAGACCUGAACCGCACGACAGAGCCAUGAGAAGCAGACAGAGCAGAACCAAACAGGACCAGCAGCAGCCCCCUGAUCUCUGACGGACCAGGUCAGGUUCUGAGGAGCUCCAGCGCUCCCGAGAUCCUCACGAUCACGAAUCCAGCCACUGUUGUCAGCUGUGUCGUCAUAGCAACUUCUUAAGCUGUCCAUCACCAUGGAGAUGUUACAGAAGACCACCCCCCCCCCCCCCCCCAGUGAAGAAUCUAGACCAAACCUGAUCUUUAUGUAGCUCCGGUCAUGUGGUAACGUCGCCGUGGAGACGGCCUCAUGAUUGACUUAUUUAUUUAUCCCUAUUUAAAAUCUAAUAUUUUAUUAAACGCGCAGAUAACGGCAGGACAGUCCGCUGGACUUUUAUUCUGAAGUUCGUCUGAAAAAUAUUUUCAGCUCUAAUUUUUUUUUAAUGUACUGUAAGUUAUUGAUCCAGUGGUGAUAGAGUUCUGUGUCCUCUAAUGGACCAGAUCACGUGAGGGACCAAAGGACAGAAACCAGAUGUCGGCUCGCUGGACCUCGUCCACCGGUCGCGGUGGAUUUGGUCUGUACACACGAGACACGUCUGCUCCUCCGGCUGCCUUCCACGUGCCGAGAGAGGCAUCACAACACAUCAGCGUAAAAACAGCCACUAUUACGGAAAGGUAAAGACUCCGUUUCUUGUCAAAAGAUGGAAUUUCUGGAUCUGCUCUGUUCCACUACCUUCCUGUUUCUCAGCGCAAUCGCUCCUUCAACGACAACAAAAGUAACGGUUAACUUUUAAAUUUGCUAGAAGAAAUUGAAAACGUUGUUUCCUUUUGUCGGCUUUUCUAAGCUUAGAAGAAAAAGUACAUCUCCCGUGAGAAGAGAAGAAAAAAUAUGCAUAAUAUUGUAGCCAUUAAACUCACUGACUCGUUCUUCUCAUGUUUUCUGCUUUGGCAUUAAGCCCGUGAACGUGAAGGGCUUCUGGGAAAUGUUGUUCGUUAAAAGGCAGCUGAAAAAAAUUGAAAUAUUGAAUAUGGAAUGAUGUUAGAUGGUUUGUCAAAAAACAUGUGAAACAAGCAACACGACACACUGUAGAGAAAAGCUCCGCUGGAUGUUUGGUUCUUUAUAUUUCUUAUCACCAAAUAAUCACGAUUCAACAAGAAACUUUUUUAGAACAAACUUGUAGCAAUGAUUUGGUGUUACAUUAUUAAACCAAUACUUAUUUUAAAACUGACUGUUACAAAAGGUUAAAAAAAAGAAAGCAAAAAGCACAAUUCAGUAUAAUGUAAUACUACUUGAUAAUUUCUUUGGAUUUUUGAUUGAAAAAACAAAAACAACCAACAACCUUAAAUGCUGUUUUAUAUUUUUUUAUUCAUUCAAAGUGACAGUGGUGGGUUCAUGUUAACUUCAGUUUUUUUAUGUUGAAAUAUCCGAGCUUCUCUAUGUUCGGCAUCUACGAAUGAACUGAUGAUCGGUAGGUUGCUAUCUGACAUUUCUCUCUCUCAUCAAACAGUCACAGUUAAAACCGUUGAGCUGAUUUAAAGCUGAACAUGUGUCACACACACACACACACACACACACGUUGUUUGGUCGUCUAAAGCUACAGAUCACGUUCAAAUGAUUAUUAUGGAAUUACAAGCAGCUGAUUGGUUGAUCUGCACCUUCCUGCCUCCCUGACGGAAAUAACCUCCUCAUUUCCUGCCUGCAGGGAUUCUAAUAAGCACAACUUUGGAUUUAUACUCACCACAAGCUGCAUUUUUUUUGAUUUUCUGAGUGUAAGGAACUAAAUCUGUGUAGAACAACUGCAAAUCCCAAAACUUGUUACAUCCAGCUCAGGAACCAGGGGGGCGGGACUGAGGUUCAGGAUCCUCGUCACACUCGUAAAGUGGACAAUUAUCCUCGGGUUUACAAGCAGGAAGUUUUCCUGGGGAAGUGAAUGGAAACCGUUCAAACGAGCAGCGGAUGUUUCAGGUCAAACCGCGGCUCCGGGAUCACGAGACCGUGCGACUUGUUCCGAACAAAGAGGAUUGAGCUCAACCUGACGAGCAACAACCUCCAGGAUGAUGAUUCAGCAUUCGUGAUUAUUUUUUACAAGGCCUCAGUCGGCUUCACACUAACAACAACAACAACAACAACAACAAGAACUCGUCGGGUUUCUGAAAACUGCAUCCAGCAAUAACUUUCUGAAAGCCGUCAGCUGUGUGGAGGCGUGAAUGUUCGCAGGGACUGAACUUUGUCCUCCUCCUGCCUUCCAGCAUGAACAUAAACAGCCAGAGGAAACAUUUUGAGGUCGGACCACAUGUUCCACCAACAGAUGGUUACUGAACAUCAGUCUCGAGGCGAUUUCACACGGGCAGUUUGUCUGAAUCGGCGAGUAGAUGCCUCCCAUAAUAUUACCAUUAACAACUGUCCUGCUAAAUGAGUUGAUCUGAAAUGGCUUUUGAUAAUCUUCCAUGAUUCAGAACUCACCACUCGAAGCAGAACGGUGAGAUUAGAUCCGUUAUAUACUGGUUUUAUCACCUCGUACAAGCAGCUGCAAUAUUUACAGAGAGAGCGCUUCUGAUAAACGUUACAAUAUCUUUGAGAAAUGUUCGAUUUUGCAUCAUUAACUGUGCAAAUGAAAAUGAUAGCGAAAAUGCACUGACAUAAAAAUAAGAAUAAUGUGAAAGAUGGAUGAAUGGACAAUGGACCUUAUUAAUCUUGAUCUUAAAGCCCCUGUGUGUAAUUUUCUGGCGGCAUCUGGUGGUAAAGUUACAAACCGCAACCAACCGAGCAACCGACAGGGGACACUUCAGCUAAAACAUCGCAAUUAUACGUAUAUAAAUGCAUAGUUAUGGACAAUAUAUUCAAUUUCUGUCAAUAAGUUCUUCCAAAUAUUACACACUGUAGCUUUAAGUGGUUUUUCCAAAGCUGCUGCUGAUCUGAUACACUGCCUCUUGUUAAAAAGGAUGAACUGAAGGAACAAAAUGAAAACACAAAUUGUGCAGUUUAACACAACUGAAUCUGCACUUUAAAGGGGCAGUACGCGAUGUUUGACAAAUAUUGUUAGCCUGGAGCCGCUAGCUAGCAGCUACCCAGCUGAGAUCGACACAGCUGCUAUUGCUAGCUAGCUAACCGGCAGAGAUUGGGGGCCCAGAAUUUGGUGCUAUGCCCGUGGGUAUGGGAGACGGACGCACUAAUCUCAAGCCCUGACCCCUGUCGUAGCGUCUGUCACUAAAUCCGCUAAAUUUUACAAAAACGUGGAUUGGGAUUAAAAUGGCGUACUGCCCCUUUAUAAGAGGGGCGAACUCCGACUCAGAAUCAGACAAACAUCGAUGUGAAAACGCCCCGACACACUUCAUAGUGCAAACAAGGCCACAAACAUUUUUAGACGACUGAUAAUAUGCAACAGUUUUUUGUUUUUUUGUACAUUCACAGUCGAGGAGUGAAACAGCCCCACUGCUGUUGUCUCCAGCAGUCAGGUGACCGACUGCUCGGUCCUUCUUCAUUCAUGUGGUUGGUUGUUUUUGGUUGGACUUCAGACUUUGUUUGUCAUUCAAAAGAGAAGAAAGAAAACAAAUCCAAGUACAUUGCACUGCAUCCAUGCACCACACUCACUGGAAAACGUCACUGAUUGUUGGACUUUGUCCUUGUUAAGUUCUAUUUAAUAAAUCUUUAGUUAAA